CAACAGUGGCGGCGCCGUUCCUCACCGUUUCUGCCGGGUAGUUUCUGGUGAGUGGAUGUAGUUAGAAAACAUGAGCAGAGCGCCAGAAAGCGGACAACCAGCCGCUGUUCGGUGUUGGACGGACGCGCCGCCUAUUAAAACCAAGAAAGUUCAAAUUCAGGAAGCAUCGAUUCCAAACAGGAACGUGUUCAGAGACGGAAGGACUCGAAUUGACUUUGUCCUGGUGUGGGAGGAGCUUCGGGGUGUUAAUGAGAACGGCCCAGGUGAUGUCGCCAUCCAGAAGAAGUGGAGGGAACAGUUUCUGAGCAGACUGAGACAAGUAGGCCUGCUGCAGGAGCGGAGGGACGUCUUCAAGGCAAAGAAGAGGAUCCGCUUCGUCCUCCUCAGCGCCCCCUGGAGGGUCCUCUGCUACUACGCCGAGGAGAUCAAUCUCAAAGUCCCACUGGAGGUGGUCACCGAUCCGAUGACUAACUGGUCUGAACAUUUCCUGUCCAAGCUGUCGCUCCCCAACCCCCUCACCCAGUACGUCCCCAACCAACCACCUGACUACUACACCUGUCAGUUCAGGUCCAGCAAGCUGGAGAGGUUCCUGGGAAGUGACAACAGAGAGACGUUCUUUAAGACCACCCAGAGACACCAAGUGCUGUAUGAGAUCCUGGCCAGAGUCCCGUACGGUUGUGUGAACCGGGGCGAGGUGGGCAUCGACCGGCUGGUCAGUGAGGGAAUCUUCACAGCAGCGUACCCACUGCAUGAGGGGGACUACAGGAUGCCGGUCGACCCGGUGCCCCUCCAGUCUUUAGGACUGAGGCAGAUCCUGAAUGCGUACUGGUCCAAGUGGUCCUGCUGGAGGCGCUACCAACCUCUGGGCCACAUAAGGGAGUAUUUUGGGGAAAAGAUAGCUCUCUACUUUGCAUGGAUCGGUUUCUACACUGCCUGGCUGCUGCCUGCGUCUCUGAUUGGGACUCUGGUUUUCCUGUUGGGAUUUUUAGAUGUGUUCUCUGACGUCCCAGCGAGGGAGGUGUGUGAAAGCGGAAGCACUUUCAUCAUGUGUCCUCUCUGUAACAUCUGCUCCACCUGGAACUACUCCAGCAUCUGCAUCACCUAUAAGGCGGGUCUCCUGUUUGACAACUGGGGGACAGUGUUCCUCAGCCUCUUCAUGUCAGUGUGGGCCGUCACCUUCCUGGAGUACUGGAAGAGAACUUCCUCAACUCUCUCCCACCGCUGGGGCUGCUCUGACUUCGAGGACAUUGAGGAGCGUCCACGUCCAGAGUUCUCAGCCAUGGCGCCGAUGACCACGAGGAACCCGAUCACUGGAGCUGAGGAGCCUUACUUUCCUGAGAAUAAACGCUUCAACAGAAUUUUGACUGGAUGCAUGGUCAUCAUUAUCAUGAUUUCUGUGGUUCCGAUGUUCCUCAUUGCCAUUAUUUUGUACCGUACCAUCCUCAGAAUCGUCAUCUACAAGUCAACUACAACUGACAGCGCCUCUGCUGGGACGAUAGCCAGCAUUUCAGCAUCAGUGCUGAACCUGAUCAUUAUCCUGACAUUGUCCAGAAUUUACAUCUGGCUGGCCGGCGUCCUUACGCGCUGGGAAAUGCAUCGCACUCAAACCAAAUAUGAAGACAUGUUCAUCCUCAAAGUUUUCAUAUUCCAGUUUGUGAACUUCUACUCAACUCCCGUCUACAUCGCCUUCUUCAAAGGCAGGUUCGUUGGUUACCCUGGAAUGUACAACACUCUGUUUGGACUUCGUAAUGAAGAAUGUGGAGCCGGCGGGUGUCUGAUUGACCUGGCCCAGGAGCUGCUGGUCAUCAUGGUGGGAAAACAGAUGAUCAACAACGUCCAUGAAUUCAUCUCCCCGAAGGUUCAGGCGUGGUGGCAGAAAACCAAAGUGAGGCGUCCACAGGCGGCAGGGGAGGGGACUCAGCCCAUGAUGAACGUUUCUCCUUGGGAGGUAGACUACGACCUCCUGGUCUGUGAGGGACUCUUCGGUGAAUAUCUGGAGAUGGUGCUUCAGUUUGGUUUCAUCACCAUCUUUGUGGCGGCGUGUCCUCUCGCUCCUCUCUUUGCUCUCAUGAACAACUGGGUGGAAAUCCGUCUGGACGCUCAGAAGUAUGUGAAAGAAUACCGCCGCCCGGUGGUGGAGCGAGCUCAGGACAUCGGCAUCUGGUUUCACAUCCUGCAGUUCAUCUCACACAUAGCUGUCAUCAGCAACGCUUUUCUCAUUGCCUUCACCUCGUCCUUUGUGCCUCGGCAGUACUACCGUUUCACCAGAGAUAGCAGCCUGAGAGGCUUCGUUAACUUCACCCUGGCAACAGCCUCACUCAACAACAGCACCCCCUGCAAGUAUAGAGGCUUUAUGGAUGAUAACGGCGAUUAUCUGCCGGCGUUCUUUCACCUCAUCGCUAUACGACUCAGCUUCGUCAUCGUCUUUGAGCAUGUGGUCUUCUUCAUCGGCCGACUGAUUGACACGACAGUUUCUGACAUCCCUGAAGACGUGGAGAUUAAGAUAAAGAGGGAACACUACAUGGCUAAACAGGCGCUGGCUGAGAAUAAGGCUUUGGGGAAACCCAUGAGUGACAUGUCAGAACGUCGUGGAUCCAAAGGCCCAAUACAUUUCGAUUACUCUGUUGCAUCACCAACAAAUGUGAACACGACUUCAGAUAAAAAGAAUCCAGAAAGCAGCUGCUGACCUGAAGCCCGACUGCAUCAGAACUGAAGGCUGUGAGGCUUUGCAACCUGCAGAAUGGAGCUCCUUCUGGAUGUUCACCGGAUUUAUUGAAAGUAACUUAGCUUUCCAACUUGUCAUAGAACAGUGUGCCAGUGCAAGAUCUUCCUACCUUUACCUUCUGAAACCGGAAGACCUGUGAGAUUCCUGAGUAACUGUCCUGAGAAGCUUUGAAGCUUUGGGUCGGUCCUGAAACAGAGAGGCUUGAAGAGGAACCACUGAAAAAGAAAAUGUGUUUUAUUCUGCUGUCAGAGGAAGCUAAAGCUUAUUCCAAUGUGUCUGUGAUGUAUUUAGAAAAACUUACAUCUCCAGCACAGGCAUUCUGGAUGUGGGAACUUAAAUUAGGCUUAGCUUAGGUUCUGAAUGUUUGUGUUUUGGUCACUUGCUGAGAUAUAAAUUAGUCUGGAGCAUUAGAUUAUUUCCAUUUCUUACGGUUGCUCAACUGUUGGUCAAUUAAUGUAGAUUUUUUUUAAACAUUUUAAUUUUAGCUCAUUUAAAAGCAACACCAACUUGUCUUAGUGAGAAAAAGUAAAUAUUUACUGCAAAAUGUUACAUGUUUUAUAGGUCAGAUGUGAUGUUAUUUUUAUUGUAUUUUUUGCUAAUGCUUGUUUAAAAAUGAAAUGUAAUUGUUACAUGUGAAAUUAUUCAUUUUAUUGUUGCAAUAAAGAAACCAUUGAUCUGAA